AUGUCUCAACAGUUACCUCUCCAACUCGAACAAGAAUUACCAAAAGCUUAUAAAGCUAAUUUGAUUUUUGAUAAAAAUCAAGAUCUUAGUGAACAUGUGUUUAAAACUUGCUUAGACAAAAUUUGUAAAGAUGAUCCAAAAGAAAAAUCAAUCUUUUUAAUAAAACUUAAAGAAUUUUGUCAACUUAGAUGUGAUAUGAUGACUGAGAUAAAAUUUAAUUGUAAUUCAGUUCGUAACAGAGAAGAUUCAAAUUAUGAAAGAGCCAAAAAUUUAUUUGAAGAGACCAAAUUAGAUUUAAAAGAUUUUUACUUUAUUGCAUAUGAUGAAGGAUUUCAUAUAUUUUCUGACUGUUCAGACCAUGAAAUUAUGUUCAAAACUGAGGCAUAUACUAUAAAUGAGUUUAAAAAUCUCAAAGUUACUAAUUUUUUGAGACUCAAAGAAUCAGUAAUAAUUGAGGCCAUUAAUUCAAAAUUCAGAAAUCAUAGAAAACAUAAGAAUGAGAUUAAUCAUGUUAAUUCUCAAAAACAAGUUAAAAUAGAUCCUAAGGAACCUGAAUCUACAACAUCAUCUCUAUUUUCACUUUAA